UCUAAAACAUCAGUGUGUUUUCAGCACUAUUUUCAGCACAAAUCCAAAACAUGGCCCCUUAUGAUGUACUGUGAAGAAAUUUAAAUCCAUACCAGCCAAAUCCAGCCCAGUGAACUGGGAAUUUUCAGAGGAAUUGCUCCCUAGCUGCACCUGUUCAGAACCCUCUACCACGUGUAUACAGCUUGCCUGUAUAUGGGGCAGGAGAACACAAUCAUGUCUUGCACUUUGGGUCCCAGCACAGCAAGAGUUUUUUUCUCCUGGCACAGCAGAAAUUUCCAGAUACUCCCAGCACUGUCCGAUUUCAGUAGCUAAGCAACCGGGGGCUGCAGCAAAGCUGAGCUCAGAAUAAGGUUUUUCUUCCAGGAACUUUUCUAGCAUGUGGAAGACGCAUCUUUUCUUCCUUCAGGUACUUGAUUAUCUGUUGCCUAUUUACAUGGUCUGAUUUUAAACUGGUAAUUUGCAGACUCCUUUUGGGAGAUCUGCUUUAUGAAUAGGAUAAAGGUGAUAGAGCUGAGUGUGUGCCUUGGUCAAUGUACAAUUCACUUCUGUAGGCAAGAAAAGAAGCCGGCUUGAUCUAGGAAGAGGGUCAAGCGCAGAUCAGCUGGUGGCAGCAGUAGCAGAGCUUGACAGUAAAAAGGAGUGUUUGUGAAUGAGGGAGUCAGAGGAAUUAGUCAGGGAUUUUCCUCUAAAAGUCAUGACAACAAGAAAAAGACCGCACAGCUCCUGCCACCUGUGGGAGUGUCAUUUCUCAUCACAACCAGCAAUAGAUCAUUCAAGAUGUGUUUGUGGGAAGUUGAUGUUUUGACCUAAUAUUUAUUUAAUGAUAAAUGCAUAACUUUUUCAACUGGCUGACACUUCUAUCUGUAUUGUGCAGCCCAGGAGAUGAAGAUGGAGACUGGAGAUGAAAUUGCUAUUGUGGGAAUAGCAUGCAACUUCCCUGGAGGCGAUGGAAUUGACAAUUUCUGGAAAGUCCUGGAGGAAGGCAAAAACUGCACAGUAGAAAUCCCCCCUGAGAGAUUUAAUGCCAAGGAGUGGUAUGAUCCAGAUGAUAACAAGCCAGGAAAAAUAUGUACAACACGAGCUGCUCUUCUUGAUGAGUUUAAUACAUUUGACAACCACCUGUUUGGGAUUAAUAAUACAGAAGCUGAACGUAUGGAUCCGCAACAGAAGUUACUGAUAGAAUGCACAUACAAAGCCCUGGAGGAUGCAGGAGUCCCUGUAGAAGCUGUCAGUGGCACCAAAACAGGUGUUUUUAUUGGUCUUAUGAAUCGAGACUAUGAAAUCGUAACAAGCAGAGCAGUAAGUGAAAUAAAUCAUUAUGAUGGUACCGGAACAGCCAUGAGCAUUGCUGCUAACAGGGUCUCAUUCACCUUUAAUCUGACUGGACCAUCACUGGCUAUUGACACGGCGUGUUCGUCUUUUCUUUUUGCCCUGCACUAUGCCUGGCGAGCAAUUAAAUCAGGAGACUGCGAGGCAGCAAUCUGUGGUGGAGUGAACUGCAUAAUAGAUCCCCGCACCUUUGUGUCUCUCAGUAAAGCAAAAAUGAUCUCUCCAGAGGGAAUAAGCAAACCCUUCUCCAAAAAGGCAGAUGGCUAUGGAAGGGGAGAAGGUUGUGGUGUUGUUUUCCUCAAACCACUGAAAAAGGCAAAGGAAGACUAUUGCAAAAUCUGGGGUGUUAUACACAUCAGUGCAGUAAAUCAGAAUGGUAGGUCCAUUACUCCAAUCACAAGACCGUCUCGAACAGAGCAAGAGAAGUUACUGCGCAGUAUUUAUGAAACUCAUGUUGAUCCCUCAGUUGUGCAGUACGUUGAAGCACACGGUACAGGAACUGCCGCUGGAGACCCUACCGAAGCUGAAAGCCUAGGUAGCGUCAUUGGUAAAAACAGGUCUUCACAAGUUUCCAUUCUGAAAAUUGGUUCAGUGAAGGGAAAUAUUGGCCACACGGAGUCAGCUGCAGGAGCAGCAGGGUUAAUCAAAGUGCUUCUGAUGAUGCACCAUGGAAAGAUUGUGCCAUCCUUGCAUUACUCAAAGGAGAUGAGCAGCAUCGAUACAGAGAAAUUAAAUCUCGCAGUUCCCACAACUGUAGAGCCCUGGGAAGAAUCCAGUGAGUAUGGAAGAGUAGCUGGCAUCAACUGCUUUGGCUUUGGAGGAACCAAUGCACAUAUCGUAGUCAGGCAGGUUAAGCAGCCAGAGCCUCUUCCUGCCUUUAAGAGGCCCCUUGAAUUAGUUCUGCUGUCAGCAGCAUCAAGUAAGUCCCUUCAUAUGAUAAUGGAUGAUACAGCUGACCAGCUGAGCACAAGAAACUCUGUAACUCUCCCCAGCCUGGCCUAUACGUCCGCCUGCAGGAGAAGCCAUGCCAACUGCAGAUACCGAAAAGCAUUUGUCACAAACUCUCUGCAACACUUGCAGCAACAGAUUAUGUCGGCAGCGAGCACUGAACUUGCCACGUCAAAGGCAGAACCACAGCUGGUGUUUGUGUUCUGUGGCAACGGCGUAACGCUGAAGGACUUCAGUGAGGUACUGCUGAGCUCAGAGCCAGUGUUCAGAGACAAGUGUAAGGAAAUAGAAGCGCUUUUUCAGAAACACGCUCCCAUCAGCCUCCUGCCAGCAAGAGGUCACAGCCCAAAGGACUUGUUGAAUCCAGAGCUUUCCCAGCCUUUGCUUUUUACCCUGCAAGUUGCCUUAGCUGCCCUUCUGAAAUACUGGGGCAUUAAACCAGUUGCUGUUGUUGGCCACUCGGUAGGGGAGGUUGCUGCUGCCCAUUUUGCUGGGUACCUGUCCCUGGCAGAUGCAGUCAAAGUGAUUUAUCACCGGAGCAGGCUGCAGGCGAAGACUGCCGGCGGGAGAAUGUUGGUGGUUGGAAACAUCCCCGUUCAAGAGCUCGCUGAACAUUUGCAUCGCUACUCGGGAAAGGUGUGCAUUGCAGCUUUCAACAGCCCAGUUUCCUGCACCUUGUCGGGAAAUUCAGACUCUGUGGAUGCUGUGCAGAGAGAUUUAGCUCAAGUUUUCAGCCAGAGAAACAUCUUUCUUCAUGUUUUAAAUGUUCCAGCUGCAUACCACAGCCCCAGCAUGGAUAUGAUACUUGGGGAGUUGGAAGACAACAUACAGCCUUUAGAGAAACAGAAGGGGGAAAUUGAAGUGAUUUCAACUCUGACUGGGGUGGCCGCUUCUGAAAAUGACUUUUCUCAGGGCAAAUUCUGGGCUCGGCAUGCUCGUGAGCCUGUUGCUUUCUCUCAAGCCAUCAAAACAGCAGCUAGAGACAGGGAAAAUGUCGUUUUUGUGGAAAUAAGUCCUCACCGAGCAUUGCAACGAAGCAUAAUGGAAACUCUAGGAAAAGGCACCAAAGUGUUCUCCUCUUUGCAAACUGAUGCAGAGUAUCAGACACUCUUCACACUGGUAGGAGAUCUGUUUGAACUUGGAUACAAUCCCAACUGGCAGCACUUUUAUAAUGGGUAUCAAAGUGUUCCAGUGGCCAUUCCACGGUAUCAAUUUGAUCGCAGAAAACUCAUGGCCCGUCUGGAUAUCCACCAACAAGCAAACCAAAGAGGUGUCAGCUGCAGUCAUCCUUUGAUUUAUGACUUAAACAGUGACAACACGGAGUACGGCUGCCUGCUGUCUCAGGACACGACAUCAUACUUAUACGAGCACAAGAACAAUGGUGUGGCUUUAGUCCCUGGUGCUUUUUAUGUGGAGCUUGGUCUGGCCUCUGUGAUGAGCAGCUCAAGACCUAGAGUGCCUCUGAGUGCUUGCCGGAUGAGUAUCAGUUUUUCCGCACCGUGUGUUCUCACGGAGAGUUCCCAAGUCCUGAGAAUCAAGCUGAGUCCGCAAAAAGCAGUGACAGCCUUUGAGAUACUCUCUUCCUCCAACGCAGUUUAUGCUGCAGGCCAAGUUACAAAGGGGCCUGAAGCUGUGGUGGAAGAAAGCAGCAUCUCCUGCCAAGACAUCUAUCGAAGAUGCAGGUCAGUGGUUAGCAGAGAGGCGGUUUAUGAAGCACUGUCGCAUGUUGGCUUUCAGUAUGGCUCCAUAUUCAGGCAGCUCAGUGAUGUGCAUUAUUGCCAGGAACUAAAGGAAGCUAUAACAAGCAUAAAGGUGAACAAGGAGACCAUCAAAGAGAUGUACAGUUACCAUAUCCAUCCAGUGCUGCUCGACUGUUUUCUGCAAAUGACCACUGUCAUGACCUCAAGGACAUUCCAGUCCAGAGCAGGGUUUCCUUCAGGGAUAGGCAGCCUGGUGGUGCUCCGUCCACUGGAGGAAGAAAUGAUGAUAUACAUGAGAACAAGCAAAUCCAUUGGGAACUACCUAGAGGUCUGUGGAUGCUUUAUGGACAAACAUGGGUCCGUUUUGGCUGAACUCAAGAGUGUUGUCAUCAUUUUCAUUAAGCAAGAAUCUUCCAGGGAGAAUGAGUUCAUGUUUGAAAACAAGUGGAAAGAAGUGUCUCUUUCACAGAUGAUUGGACAUCUGGGGUCUAUGCCCAGAGUCCUAGUGUUUGCUGACAGAUUUGGGAUAGCUGAACAGCUCAAAAAAUAUUUGCAUCCUGAUUCAAGAUACGUUAUGUAUGAAGACUGGGAAGCCCUAUUGGGAGGCCAUGCACAGAAUAAGAUGAGAGCAGAUGUUGAGGAUUAUGAUGAAAUUCUGUUUUUGUGGGGAAUUCAAAAGUUAAAUGAAGAUUUCCCAAGCAAAGUGGUAGACCAAUUGGCAAAGUGUUGUGAAGCCUAUCGCCAAGUUAUUGUGGCAUUAAGAGAGAAAGCGUCCCGCUGUUUAGUCAGAGUUAUCACGUACAGAACAACAGAAAGACAUGUAGACCACAUUAACUGUGGGUUUGCAUUGUGUGGCAUGACCAGAACUUGUGUUGUUGAAGUUCCAGAUGUCACAUUUCAGAUGAUUGACCUCAGCUCUUCCAGUUCCCUGGAUAUCUCAGUGCUAGCAGAUGUUCUUGUCAAGUACAAAGUUGUGGACUAUCCAGAAGUUUGCAUCAGCCAAGGAAGAACUUACGUGGCUGAAAUCAGACGCACACCUUUUGUAGAUUCGGACCACAGCCAACCUGUAAGAUCGCUCCAGAAGUCAGAAACAUUCACUUUGCACACUUCUGAUCCGUACACAGCAAAAGAUUUGUCUGCUGAAUUGUCCACCAGCCCUGCUACUCAGCUUGACAAGUGGAGUGUUGAAAUUCAACUGGAUAAAAUAUGUCUCCACUCAGAAGAUUAUUUUCCCAUCAGUGUUUCUAGUCAUAAUUUUGGCAAUACACUGUACUGGAAUUCACAAGCAGUAGACAAACACAGACUUUUAGCUCUUGAUUUCAGUGGCACGGUAACAGCAACAGGCACUGAUGUGAAGAAAGUUAAAGUGGGAGAUCACGUGGUUUCAUGUUAUCCAGCCGCUGCAUCAUCCAGACUUCAGAUUCCAGGAACAGCUUGUUUCAAUGUAAAGAAAUUCCCAUGCUUUCAGAAUGUCCCCUGUAUGUCAUACUUUAUCAUUGCAUGGGAAAUCUUAAAUCAGAAGUUACCCAAGGGCAGACAUGGCAGAACACUGGGUAUUAUUUCUACAGAACCAUCAUCAGUUUUGUGCCAUGUUCUUUCUGCAGCAGCAGAAGAGAUGGGCUGGAGAACAGCACUUGCAAGGCCCACUCCUGAUGGGUUCCAGUAUAUAAAAUCAUGCAGUGCCCUUGUUGUCCUUCCUCCAGUAAGCAGACUGUCUCAGGAGGACCUUGCCCACAUGUACUUUCUUAAAGAUGUGGUGAUAGUGUGUGGCAGUCACCAGUCUGAAUGUAUCCAGAAUGUCAGUGACAUUGAUCAUGAAAAUAUCAGCUUUCAUAUCCUUACACUUACCAGCAUUUUCCAGAAAGCAUCUCUAAAGGAAUUGCAAAAGACUGUGCAUGUGUGGAUCAGGUCCAUGGAUAUGAAACGGUUUAGACAUCUAUCAGGUUCUGUUUUUCAGCAGACUGAGAACUUUGAAAGAGUGAACUCGGUGAUGUCCUAUUUUACCUGCAAAUCCGUCCCACUUGCUGUACUGAGAAGGCAGAAGGACAUCACCGUGCUUUCAGAUAUACCGUUGUACGAAUCCCAGAAGAAAUUGUUCAAGCAGAAUGCUGUUUACAUAGUAGUCGGGGGGCUCACUGGGCUUGGCUUUGAAACAGUGAAAUUCAUAGCUGAGAAUGGAGGAGGGGGUAUUGCAAUACUCUCCAGGAAAAUUCCAAGCCAUGAGAAGCAAGAAGAGAUGGAUGCUUUGCAGCAGCAGUAUAAAGGGAGCAAAGUAGUGUUUGUGCAGUGUGAUGUUACCUCAACCAGGGACGUUGAGAAAGCUUUCCAGUCCAUCACAAACAUCUUUGCAGGGAUCCCAGUCAAAGGUGUGUUUCAAAGUGCUGUUGUUUUACACGAUGGCCGUCUUGAAGUUCUGAACUUGGCUGACUUUCAGAAAGUGCUGAACCCAAAAGUAGCUGGGACCCUAAAUCUUCAUUGGGCUACCAGAGGCCAGGAGCUUGACUACUUUGUGUGCUACUCCUCUGUUACUUCCUUUCUGGGAAAUUCUACCCAGGCAAAUUAUGCAGCUGCAAACUCCUUCUUGGAUGUCUUCUGCCUCUACAGGAGGAACUGUGGGCUCUCCGGCCAAUCCAUUAACUGGGGUGCUUUGAACCUCGGCAUACUGCUCAAUCAAAACCAUAUUCAGAACAUUCUGGAAUCCAAGGGCAUAGACAUUCUGCAAGUGCAUGAAAUUCAUGAGUAUCUGAGGAAGAGCUUACUUACCAAUAACCCACAGCAAGCUGUUGUCAAAUUAAACUUUCAAACUUUAUUUCAUCAUGUUUUUGCUCGGAUUAUUUCACUCAAAAGUCGCUUCCAGUCACUUAUGUCUGAAGAAUUCAGGAACAAGCUUGAAACCUCUGAGGAAACUCAGGUCCAGGAUACUGCCUUAAUCAAAUCUGAAGACUUUAUCACCUCACUGGUGAGUGACCUCACUAGACUGAGCCCAGAUGAGCUAACCAUGAAUACACCACUUUCAUCAUUGGGCGUAGACUCUAUGUUAGCUAUGACAAUUCAGAACCGUGUCUUUCAAGAGAGGAAGGUGGACAUACCUCUUCUGAAACUGCUUGAUCCUCACACAACUCUGUCAAGUUUAGUAGUUCUUCUAGAAGAGAAAAGCAAUGCAAAUGGAAUAGUUGAGGAAAAAAAUGCUGUGGUUGAAAGUGCAGAAAAUGGGAGCUGGCUCUAAAAUCAUAGAAUGUCCUGAGUUGGAAGGGACCCAACAAGGAUCAUCGAGUCCAACUCUUGUCCACAGUUCACACCACGUGUCUGAGGGCUUUGCCCAAAUGCUUCUUGAACACUGUCAGGCUUGGGGCUGUGGCACCUCCCUGGGGGGCCCGUUCCAGGGUAGAACACCUGGUGAUGCUGAAAGCAUUCUUCUGUGUCAACGCAGAAAAACCUACACCAGGUUCUUCUACCAUUGCUUUAGCUGUUUUAAUUUCAGUUAACAGUUUGACUUGUUACUUUCAAUACUUUUGCCCUUAUUUUUCAAUAUUUUAAAGUGGAAAUAGGAAGGUUAAUACAUAUAUAUUGUAAUUCAGUAAAUUUGUACAUUCAUGCACAUUGCAUUUUUUUAAACUGUAUUAACGUCUUGAAGAAAAUUAUGUGCUUUCAAUUCUAAAUUAUUAAUGGACAUGUAAAGCAGCAUAUGUGUAUAGCAUUUUUUGUGAUUUUAAUAUUCUAAUGUAUUAUUCUUUUUUUGCAUAUUAUCAAAUGUGUAUAAAUACGUUUGUCUUUUUGAAAGACACCUAGAUAUCGUGAAAUCCAAAGGUUUCUUAUAAAAAAAUGGAACUUAAGUUUUUCUUUUGUCUGCAAAAAUAUUUUAAAUCUACCAGUUGCAAAGCACACAGUAAACCAACUAGUUUUCUUUAUUAAUUUACCAUCUUUUAUGGGAGCCCAAAUAAACAAGAAUCGUAAAAAAGUUUAAAAAGCAAGACUUAAAGUGUAUCUUUGUCUUGUUUUAAUCUUUUUUUCCUCAUUGUCGUAGCUU